ACGCGAGGCAGAACAUUGCGAUGCUCUUCGGGUUGAUCGGCACAGCUUCAACGCGUGUUGCAGAGAUUAUAGAGUUGCCGAAGGAUUUUCACCAGUGAAAAUUCAGUUAAUUCCCGCCCCUUGCAAUCUACUAUACAUUUGUGCUUUUGUGAAAGUCACUGCAUCUCUGGGCAUGUCAUCUGCUGCACUCCAUGGAGCACCGAGGAAAGCCACUGGCGAAGGCAAUCAGCACUUUGGGUUGGACGGAAGUCGGCGUGGCCACGCAAUUGGAGCACAUCACAUGAAAUGCUCCCGGUGAAUUGAUUCCGCGCGCGCGGCCGUUAUCAGACAGCCAGUAAUUGUCGAGAGGGUAGAUAAAUAAAUACACAGAGUGAGAGUGAGAGAGAGAGGAAAGCCGGGGAAAAGCGAGUAAGAAGUCAAGUAUAAAUAGAUGGAGCGCAAGAGAUCGGUGAGACGGCGCCAGAGCCAAAAGUUGCCUUUUGCAGAGCGCGCAAAGGAGCAUUGCCGGAAGUUUACAGCAUUUAUGUUCAGCAAUGUCGGAAUCAUUUUGCUAGUGGUGCUGUACACAAUCGCUGGUGCCUUCAUGUUCAUUGCCAUUGAGGGCGAUGGUGAUUUGGAGAGAUCAGCCGAAUUAGCGAGGAACCGAGUGUCCGUGGCGGCGAAGCUGUGGAAUAUCUCGUGCUGCGAAGCGAACAUUUUCAAUAAGUCAGCAUUUAUAGAGUUAGUCGGUCAGCAGAUUCUCAACCAUCAGCAGAACAUCGUGAGAGCGGCCAAGGGUGGAAUGGCGGAGACGACAAAAACUAAGACGAACAAUAAAUGGACAUUCUCCGGGGCAUUUCUCUAUUCGUUGACCGUAAUUACGACAAUUGGAUAUGGAAAUUUAAUACCACGCACAAAGUGGGGAAAGAUAUGCACAAUUGUGUAUGCAAUAAUUGGCAUGCCGCUCUUCCUGCUCUACCUGUCCAACAUCGGAGACAUUCUCGCCAAGUCAUUCAAGUGGAUUUACGCCAAGGUGUGCUUGUGCAGAAUUUGUCCGGGUGUGACACGGCGGCGGGCGGCGCGGGAGCGGCGGAAGGCCAGAGCUUUGACUGCUGAACGAGAUAAUCUGCCAGAGGGUUACUUCAUUGAGGGCGGAGAUCUCGAGACGCUCUCCAACUCCUCCGUCGACGCGCACGAGUCGAGCGAGGAGGAGGAAAAUGCUGGUGAUACUGAAACCGUGAUAGUGCCAUUAACAAUUUGUGUCAUCAUCAUGAUUGGAUAUAUCCUUUUCGGAGCCACUCUCUUCGGCCACUGGGAGGACUGGGAUCCGUUGGAAGGGAGCUACUUCUGCUUUAUAUCGCUCAGCAGCAUCGGCUUCGGCGAUAUGGUGCCGGGAUUCAAGAUCACAGGCUUCGAAGGAACCGGCGUGGAGUUGAGCUUCAUCCUCUGUGCCAUUUAUUUGCUGCUGGGCAUGGCACUAAUUGCGAUGUGUUUUAAUUUAAUGCAGGAGCAAGUAAUGCACAAGAUGAGGACUUUCAGGCGGUGCAUUCGACGGUGCUUCCACUGCGACAGGUGAUGAUGAUUCAGGAGGCGAGGACAACAGCUCGUGACUCAUCAAUAAACAAUCCAUGAAUGAGCCGUGAAAGAGGUUCAUGUGUUUAUGACGUGUUUCACACACACACAGAAUCCUGGUGACAAUUCAGUCCCAUUAAAGCUCCCUUUCAGCGCCACCACAAGCGCUCUGUGUGUUCUGCUUCUGAGGCUUCCAAAGGCUUCCAAGAGUGCACAGAACAGGCGUGGAGGGCAGAGACACUGCCAAGAUUCAUUAGCUGGUCGUUUUAAAUCUUCUUUUCAACCCCACUUCAUCCCGCUCUCUGGAGCACUUCCUGAACUCGUGGCGCUUCAGGAAGUGGGACAAGUGUGAGAAUCCUUCAAACACAGAGAGAAAUUGCACCGCCAGUUGAGAUGGAAAAUGUUUUUGGAAAUCAAUUUCAAUUAAAAUCACACCCAGAGUGUAACAUUCCAUUAAUAAAGACCAUGUGAAUUU